AUGAUAAUUGUGAUUAGUGAUUAUGAUAGCGGUGAUGAUAGUGAUAAUGACAGUGAUGAAGAUAAUGAUUUGAUGAUAGUGAUAAUGACAGUGAUGAAGAUAAUGAUUAUGAUUAUGAUUAGUGAUGAUGAUAGUGAUGAUGAUUGGUGAUGAUGAAAGUGAUGAUGAUAGUAAUGAAGAGAGUGAUGAUGAUUAGUGAUAAUAAUUGUGAUUAGUGAUCAUGAUACCGGUGAUGAUAGUGAUGAUGAUAGUGGUGAUGGUAGUGAUAAUGAUAGUGAUGAAGAUAAUGAUUAUGAUUAUGAUUAUGAUUAGUGAUGAUGAUAGUGAUGAUGAUUAGUGAUGAUAAUAGUAAUGAUAAUAGUAAUGAAGAUAGUGAUGAUGAUUAGUGAUGAUAAUUGUGAUUAGUGAUCAUGAUAGCGGUGAUGAUAGUGAUGAUGAUAGUGGUGAUGGUAGUGAUAAUGACAGUGAUGAAGAUAAUGAUUAUGAUUAUGAUUAUGAUUAGUGAUGAUGAUAGUGAUGAUGAUUAGUGAUGAUGAUAGUGAUGAUAGUAAUGAAGAUAGUGAUGAUGAUUAGUGAUGAUAAUUGUGAUUAGUGAUUAUGAUAGCGGUGAUGAUAGUGAUAAUGACAGUGAUGAAGAUAAUGAUUUGAUGAUAGUGAUAAUGACAGUGAUGAAGAUAAUGAUUAUGAUUAUGAUUAGUGAUGAUGAUAGUGAUGAUGAUUGGUGAUGAUGAAAGUGAUGAUGAUAGUAAUGAAGAGAGUGAUGAUGAUUAGUGAUGAUAAUUGUGAUUAGUGAUCAUGAUACCGGUGAUGAUAGUGAUAAUGAUAGUGGUGAUGGUAGUGAUAAUGAUAGUGAUGAAGAUAAUGAUUAUGAUUAUGAUUAUGAUUA